UACUGACGGGACAGCCAACAGACAAACACUUGAGUCUUCUGAUACGACGACUCUUCUGGCUGCUUGUUAUGGGAGCCGUCAUCUUGGUCUUCCGUGUCUGGAUGUUGAGAGGAUCUUCUCCAGUCUUCAGCGACCAAGACAACCCGGCGUCCUUUUCUCCCUCCCUCUUAACAAGGGUGUUGACGUUCUUGUACCUGCCGGCGGUGAACGUGUGGCUGUUGUUGUGCCCCUGGAGGCUGGCUCACGACUGGCAAAUGGGUUCCAUCCCUCUCGUCACAUCCUUCACCGACCCCAGGAACGUCGCCUCCCUCCUCUUCUACUCUGCCCUCCUGCUGGUGUUGAGAGCCGGGUGCUGCAGGAAGGAUCAGGAAGGCAGGACGUUGCUGCUGGGGCUAGCACUGAUGGUCCUUCCUUUCUUGCCAGCCACCAACCUCCUCUUCACCGUCGGCUUUGUCGUAGCCGAGCGGGUCCUCUACAUCCCCAGUUUGGGCUAUGCGGUGCUGGUGAGUGUGGGAUUGUCCAGGCUGGGACGGCUGAAGGCGCCCUGCCUCUUGUUGCUACUUCUGGUCUUCUCCUGCAGGACCCUACGCAGGAACCAUGAUUGGGAAUCCAGGGAAACACUCUUCCUGGCGGGGCUGAGGACGCUGCCACACAACGCCAAGAUGCACUACAACUUCGCCAACCUACAGAAGGACCUUGGCAACCCUGACCUGGCCAAGUUCCAUUACACCGAGGCCAUCAGGUUGUGGCCAGGACACCCCAGCGCCCACAACAACCUGGGGACACUGGUCAACAACACCUCAGAGGCGGAGAAACACUUCCGUCUGGCGCUGAAGGCUCACCCCCAACACGCCCACGCCUACUACAACCUGGCCAACCUCAGACAACAGCAGGGCCGUGUUGGAGAAGCGGUGGCGUUGUUGGAGGAGAGUCUACGGUAUGACGCCACCAACAGGGAUGCCGUGUCUACCCUAGCGGGGCUUUACGGGGACGCUGGACGCCCCACGGACGCCGAGAACCUGUACCUGGCGCUGCUGGCUGCCCGACCCUCCGACCCCGUCGUCCACAACAACUACGCCGCCUUCCUCCAGAGGCUCGGUCGCGGUGAGGCAGCUCUGCGGCACUACGAGGCGGCACUGGGGUUGGACCCACGGCACCCGGUGGCACUGGUCAACACUGCAAGGCUCAUGAGGACACUAGACCACAACACACAGGCAGAAGUCUUCUACAAGAGGCGCGGGUGAAGCUCCAGCAGCGGAGUUACCUGGAGAGCGAGAAGCUGUUGCGUCACGUGUUGGAUCAGGACCCCGCCCAUCUGGAGGCUCUCUUCCAACUCUCACUCCUCUACACUCACACCAACCGGUCCCAGGACGCCCUCUCCCUAGCCCACCGUGCCGCCCACAAUUGUUCCAAGCCGCCCACCCUCUGUGCCCGCCUUCACGCCCACUACGGGGACCUACUGAACGACAGACACAGCAUCGACCAGGCGGCGCGGAGCUACCGUCUGGCAGUGGAACUAGAGCCAACCCUCACUCAUGCCCACGUCAACCUUGGAGCGCUGUAUCAUACCAAGGGUGACUACACACGAGCUUGGAGACACUACCUAGCAGCUCACGGCCAGGAGCCCUCCAAUACCCUCUUGCUAGAAAACAUGGAGAAGCUGCGGCGCGCCCAGGACCUUCAUGCCUCCGCCAGCAUCCCUCACUGCCUCAACAAGUCCUGAUAGUCGUCGCGAUCAGAAGGGCGCUGUGUAGAACCUUACGUCGUCCCUGUGUCUUAGGCUAAGAGAUUGUUGCCAAAGAUGAUUUGUGGAGCUGUAGACAACAACUAUUAGGGGUCACCUGAAGAGUAGCCCCCCAUCUUACCUCUCCUUAAGAUUAACCACCUUAACGCUAACCUAACCUAACCUAACCACCCCCUCAGUAGCAUUAUGGUAUUUAAUCACCAAGUCAAAUUAGCUUGGGGGUUAAUCUUCAAAUGGUCCGUUUUGGGAUUAUGUAGGAGGUAACAAGAGUGAUAUGUUGAUGGUCUGACACUGACAUGAUUUUACACACGCACACACACACACACACACACAC